CACCCUGAUCAGAGUCAACAUUCACUUGAAUACAAAAAGGCUUGGAAGCCUCACAGUCUGUAUCAAUCAUGAAGUAUUUUGUUACGCUGCUGCUUCUGGUUGGCUGCUUGUCUUGUGUGACUUGGCAGCUUCCAAAUGAGGAUGAACAAAUCAGUGAGCACAUGAGAGAGAAGGUGGAAAAGAAGAGUGAAGCAGUUCAUCUUGAGAGCUGGCCACUUGGCAUGUGCUCUGUGGUGAGAGAGAUGAGCGCCAUGUUGGGAGAGCAGAGAGCUGAGCUCAGACAUACACAAGCGCGCCUCAGCGCCUUAGAAGGCAGACUGACAGAAUCUGAGGCACAGAUCCAGGAACUGAAAACAGAGAACCAAGAGUUCCGAAGAAGAGAUGAAGAACUGACGAGAAGGUUUGAAGAACUACUGAAAGAACAUCAGGAAGUCUACUUGCUGCAAGAUGAAAACCUUCAUGGGAGCGAGUUUGGUGUUUUGUAUGGCCCUGCUUGGUCUGGGCUCUGCGCUCAAGUGUUACACUUGUCAGGGCUCCAUUGGAAGUUGCACUAAAACCCAGGAUUGCACAGAACCUAAGAACUCCUGUCUGAUGCUGAAGGCCAAAGGUGGUGAGACGUACCAGCAGUGUAUAAAAUAUUCAGACUGUGACUUCAAAGUGCUGUCACCGAUGUUUCCCCAGGACUCCAGCUUCACAUUCAAAUGCUGCAACUCUGACCUGUGUAACGGGGCAUCAACGACCAGUAGCUCAGUGCCAGGCUUACUGGUCUCCUUCGCAGUGUGGUGGUGGUGCGUUGUGGUUUAUUUAGUAGUGAUGCUGUGAAGGUGUAGGAACAAACUCUUCGGUGACACCCGUCUCUUGCAUAUAAAGAUAUUUAUUAGCAUUGAGAGGUCGAAGUCACAAACAAGCCUUCGCGAAACAGCUUGGAGAGAACAGCCAAUAGUCUCUGACACAUACAUUUCAGCUCCUGGUUUUAUACCCGCUGUGGACGUAUAGCCCACAUCUGGUUUCUAUUAAAACAGCCUCAGUUCGAUGUA